CAGAAGCAAUCAUUCGUGUAUCAUUUACUAAGAGAAACCGACUUUACAGUUGAAAUCAGAACAUGCUUUUUUUAAAUGUGUUUUUAGUGCAUAACAUCUUCCUUAUUAGUGUGAUAAAAAAUUCAAUGCUGGUGCUUUCAGCAGUGUCCUUUCUCCUAAGUGGGAAUGAGAAUUACGCCACAGUUCUGCUCCACACUCCGUCUCUUUAAACGGUGGAGUGUGUUAUUGUACAGGGGAGGAGGAGGGAGAGGGUCAUUGGGUUCAUUCCCAUCCCGUACUGAUGCAGCGCCCUCUAAAGAUAUCCAGGAUUGGAUGAUUUCUCUCCCUCUGCCGUUUCAUCAAGCUGGCUCGGCUUUUAGCAGGCACAGAUAAGUGUCAGAUGUGCGCUAAGGAGAAAAACAGCAGCCGUGUAAUCAGCUGAUUAUUCGACUUGUGUCCAUGCGAUUUGAUUUGACCUUUAAUUCAGGACACGGAGCCGCGAUCAGCUGAUGAGAAGCCGGACAGCUGCCAUUUUGCAGGUCAACCGAGGUUUCGCUUCCAACUUGUCCAGUGCACAAAGCCGACUAAGCUAAAUAAUUGAGCUGAGAUCGCUCCGUCGACGGCACAGCAGAGUAUCGGAGAUGGAGAGGAAACCGGGCCGCUGUCGGGAGAUUUGAGCGAGCAUAUGGCCAACGGUAACACGAGAGAGAUGGAUAGAGGGAAAGGAAGGAUUACGGGCGAGUCGUUUCCGAGAGGCGGCUACGCACAGCAGUACAGCACGAGUCUUCCCGCAUUGCAAGGUCCUGAUAUACAGGAGCUCGCGUCCAAACGUGUAGACAUCCAGAAGAAGCGCUUCUACCUGGACGUGAAGCAGAGCGCGCGGGGCCGCUUCCUGAAAAUCGCAGAGGUGUGGAUCGGCAGGGGAAGACAUGACAGCGUGCGAAAAAGCAAGCUUACGCUGUCCAUGGCCAUGGCUCCAGACCUGAGGUAUUGCCUUGGGGAUUUCAUCGAUUACUACGCGCACGUAGGCCUGCGAGGCGGCCACGCGCCACGGCCUGAAGAGUCGAGUGACGCGCAGCGAAGGCGACAGCCAGAACAUCACGCAGCUCCCGCAUCACCCAGCGGCUCGGCGGCGUCUGAAGAGCCCGCACACCGUGUGCUGAAGAGCGAGUCAAUCGAAGGCGACAACCGGAAGUACUAUUUGGAUCUUAAGGAGAACCAGCGCGGCCGCUUUUUACGCAUCCGGCAGACCGUGAGCAGGGGGCAGGGCGCAGUGGGGUACUAUGGCCAAGCCGUGGAGCAGACCAUCGUGCUGCCUGCGCAGGGCUUAAUCGAGUUUCGGGACGCGCUCUCACAGCUCAUCGAGGACUACGGCGAUGAGCGUGAGGCCAACGGGCGAAGCGGGAGGGCGGAGCGCGACCGGGAAGCGGCGUGUGCUGAGCUGCCAGAGGCGGCGUCCUUCCGCGUCGACAAUAAGCGCUUCUACUUCGACGUUGGCUCCAACAGGUACGGGGUGUUCCUCAAAAUCAGCGAGGUGCGCCAGCCGUACCGGAACACCAUCACGGUGCCGCUGAAGGCCUGGUCCCGCUUCGGUGAGAACUUCAUCAGGUACGAAGAGGAAAUGAGACGCCUGUUCACCUGCCGCAAGGAGAAGAGGACAGAGGCGCAGGCGGACAGCGAAGAGCGCGAGGAUUGACGGCGGGCGGGCGGGCGGCCUGCCAUCUAUGUUCUGUUGCAGUAUGUCACAGUGCUCCGGUUUAUACAAUAUCCUCAUACAUGUUUAACAGUGUACCUCUAUAGCCUGUUCAAGUACCGCACUGUACUGUACAACUCCGAUCAAUCACAAUAGCACUUUUACAUUAAAGUACUGUUUUUCCCCUUUAGUUCAUUUCACGAAAGGUUGGCUUGAGACCAGGUUGUGUAUGAGCGAUAGCCUAUGAUUAUUAUUUUUUUUGUUUUGCUGACUUUAAGAGGCUCUGAACACAAGAUGGAAAGGUCCAGAUGAAAAUGUACAUUCAGCAAUCUGCAGUCAGGCUGAAGCGCGCGCGCUCUCGUCUGUGGGCGUGUGUGUGUGUGUGUGUGUGUGUGUGUGUGUGCGCGCGCACGCGUCUGUGUGUGUGUGUGUGUGUGUUGUGUGUGCGCUCUCUCGCUCGAUUCAUUUAUUGUAGUCUAGUAGCAUUUAAAAUGCCCGUGUUAUACAUGCAGAAUUAGUGCACUACAGAUUGAGCAGGUUGUGCAAAUUGGCUGUGAUGCACGACCAAACGCACUAUUAGAGAAAAACGUUUAAAGUGAUUUAGAUUAAAAAGGUUUUAGAAUCUUAUAUCACAUCAUUAAUAUGGAUACACUAAUCCAGUGUUUCUGGUCAACCCACAGUAAUGUCAGUCAAACAAACAUGUAAUGAUCCAGACUGCUUUUCAGUGGCUCAUUGAGCAAACCUACAAAUAUCACCCACUGCUUUUAUUAAAGCGAUGUUUUAUGAUUGUUUGAUGCACUAUUUACCAAGUGGAGACUCCUAUAAACAGUGAUUAUUCCUUGGAUUAUAAUUGAAUUGGAUUAAUUACUUUUGAUUAUAAUAGACUUUCUUUAUAAAGCUUUAAAUUAAAAAAUGUAAAGAUAUGAAAAGAAUAUUAAGAUAGAUAAAUAUAAAUAGGAUUGAAUUGAUUACAUACUUAUUAUCAGGGGGCUUGGUGGCUUAGUGGUUAGCACGUUUGUCUGUCAUCUCUGGGGGUUCGUUUCCUGCCACCUCCUUUGCAUGUUCUCUCUGUGCUUCAGCGGUUUCCUCUGUGCACUCUGGUUUCCUCCCCUAAUCCAAAGACAUGUGCUGUAGGCUGAUUGGUGUCUUUAAAUUGUCCAUAGUGUGUGAAUGUGUGUGUGUGUGUGUGUGUGUGUGUGUGUGUGUGUGUGUGUGUGUGUGUGUGUGUGAUAGGCACCCUGUCUAGAGUGUCCCCUGCCUUGUGCGCUGAAUCCCCUGUGAUACCCCAGGUUCCACGUUACUUUGCUUAGGUGGAUGGAUAGACCCAAAUUCAUGAGCACAAUAUGUUUAAACUAUGUAAAUAGGUUUUCCAAUAAUAAUGAAUAUAAUAAGAUAAUCUAACACUAAUGUUCACACGUGAAGCCCCUUUGCUCCCCUCUGUAUCAUUCGAGAGUGAUAACAGCAAUAGUCACUAUCUCAAAUUAAGAGAAUCAACAGAAUUGGUAGACUUGUAGUGGUAUGUGGUUUUAGCAGUAAUGCUCCUAAUGCUAGGCUUCAAGUUUGCUAUUAGGUUAAUUACCUGAGAGAAUUUGUGUUCUCCAAACAUAGGCCCAGUUUUUCUGAAUUAAAGUGCAAGCUAAAUUCACACAUACUUGCACAUUAGGUUCAGCUAAAUUGCCUUGAAUUAAGGCAGAGAGAAAUGUCAUCAACCCUGUAUUAUUAUUAUUAUUAUUAUUAUUAUUAUUAUUAUUAUUAUUAUUAUUAUUAUUAUUAUUAUUAUUAUAUAAAGUGAAAGAAAGUGUGAAAAUGUGGAGAUGAAUUUAUCAGAACCGAAGAUCUGCUUAUUAUUUAGUAUAGUCAUAACAGACGACCAGUGGAUAGCCACAUCAUGACUUAAAUAAUAAUGUUAAUAAAUACAAAACAUACAGGAUAAUAUUAAGGGCUUUACAGCAUGAAUUUUUAAAGGGGACUUCAUAUCGUAAACGUUUUCACAGUUUAACAGCUCUAACGUCCUUUUCAUAGGUGUUAACCAACGGAAAACAUUUAAUAGCGCUCUCUUAGCGUUGCCAGUCCCCUUUUGAGGACAGCACAAAUGUUUAAAGCACUCUUAUAUAAUAACACUCAAUGUUUGUCUUAUGAUUUAUUCUCAUUCCAGUCGUAUGCAUUUGCCGGUGUUGUGCAAUUUACUGUGGAAACUUAGAAGGACGCAGUAAAUCUCAGAUAGUUUAAAAUAAAAAAAAGUGUUCAAAAUAUUAGAGAUUUUAAUAGAAUAGUGGUGUUUAUAAGAUUAUAGUGCAAUGAAAGCAGCAUUCCUCAUUAAGUCAUCCAUUAACCUCUAAAUUGAAGGUCUUUCAAAUGCCUUUUCUAUGAGGACAUCACAUUUGUCCUCAUAGCACAAAUAAUCUUAGAGGUUAACUUCCUGAAACAGAUAAAGCCCCUUUUACUUAUUAAUAGUGGGCGUGAGUUGAAAAACACACUCAAGCAUGUUCACGUAUGCAAAUAAUGUCCAGCUGACAAAAAAAAAGCAAUCGUUUCAUCAAGUCCUGUUGGUUCGUAGUGCUUUAAAUGACUUUGAUAGUUUUCUUUUCCUUUUUUUUGACCAGCGAGUUUAGAUCAGUUCUAUCUAUUUCACAUGAUGAAUAUAAGGAAACUCUAUAACGGGCUUUUGCUCAGAUGGCUGGAAUGAGACAUAGGCAGCACUUCCCACAAGCACUUUAUUCAAACAGCACUUUGAGCUGCUGCUACUGUUGCUGCUUUUACUAUUCAGUCUUACUAAGAGGAUCUGUUUCUCAUCCACGUGACUGCAAGGAGGGGUCUCGGUCAUUUCGAAACAAUGACAAUCAUACACGUAAAAAACAGACAGAAAAAACAUUUCACUAUACACUCUUACUGAUAUAGAAAACACAGCACACAAUAAAUGCCCUGUAGACACAUUACACGACCUAAAACAUCAGUGUUUUACGACAACUAAUGUCUCACGAUGCAAAACAAGCAAUGUGAGGACUUAGCUGUUCUAAACACUAACGAUAAAUAACUAAGACUAAGUGAAAUAAUGAUAUACUGCAUGUACAAUUGGAAUCCCUCCUUUCAGUCCAUCCAAACAUAUUGUACAGUAUAUGAUGACAGUUGCUUCAAGUGUGACAUUUCCACUAGCAGUACAGUUUGUAUCUUCUGGGCAUGGAUUACACCUAGUCUGCCCUUUCUGACAAGUCGUCUUGCUUUGUUUCAUUAAAACUUUAACAACUGUGGUUUAUUACCUCUUUUACUAAUACUUUCUUUUUCCUAGUCACUUUUUUUGGAACAUUUCAGGGCUCACUCAUUCUGGGCAUUCACACAGCAUAGGUUUUAUACUACGGUAUGUUAAUCGUAUCCAAAUUUGAACCUUUAUUUCUUCAAGUUAAAAGGCUGUACCCUUGAAAAAGUGAUAAAGGAGUAAAGGCCAUAAAGGAUGUUACCUCUAAACAACGAAUAGUACAGAUAAUACAAACGCAGAACAGGUUUUAAAACAUAUAUAUGCACUUUAAAACUGUAUCCACGUUUGUUCCCUUCCUUUGACCUCAUAGAAAUAUCUAAAAAUGGUGUUGUAUGGAAAAUGGUCCCAGUUCUAUAGUGUGUCAUGUGGUACCAUUUUUAUUCAGGGUGGUAUUGAUAUACAGACCUUGUGUUUGCUUUAUCGUUAGUUUACACCAUUUUUCUUUCCGAGUCGUCCAGGAUGAUCGACUAGGACAGAAAUUUGCUAGAAAUUUGAGAAAUUCAGUAAUAGUGAAGCUGUUUGAAAAAGUUUAGCCUGGUACAUCGCAGCUAUCAUAGUUAAUUGUGAAACUUGAAUUCACUGAAUUGGACUGUUACAAUGCAUCCAAGUAACACUUUUAAACCAUAAGCCUUAAAAUCAUUACAAUGAGAUUGUAAUGAUUUAGUGUAGGUUUAUGAUUUGUUGGUACAAUUUUGCAAGUUUCAGUUCUUCACCAACACGUCGUUGUUAUAGUUCUGUUCAGGAACAUUUAGACAAUAAUGUUUCAAAAUAACAGUCCAGCCAAAGGUCACAGGCCUUUUUUUUGUGUUAAUCAAAAGAUAAAAGUUUGAUGUAGGUAAUGUGCUGUAAAGGUGUAGAAGCUUUAUUGAGGUUUUUUCUUUCUUUUUCCUUUGUGUUGAUAACGGCAUCUCUGCUGCAGUUGGAACUUAGAAGUAGUGUUCGAUAAAGGUUUCAAAAGAAAUGGUAAAAUAAAAAUGUUUUGGUGUAUCUUUUUGACAACGUAUCGUACAUCCUUAGUGUGUCCUUCUGUAGAGUAUUAUAAGACUCGAAACAAGAAAGCAAUUGUUCUGUAUUGUAGCACUUUCUUUAUCGUGUGUACUGUAUUAGUUCCGGUUUAAUAUGUAUGGUACUGUAUGAAUAUUCAUUAAUUGCCUUGUAAUGUUCGUAAAAGGUUGCAACAUGUAGGAUAUGUAUCUGAAGGCUAAAUAAGGUUUUUUUUUUUUGGUUCCUUUGUAUUUUGUUGUUUUUUUAUGUUCAUGCAUGCCGACAGUUGGUCCUUUCUAACUCUAAAAAAAUGGUGCUAUAUAAUAAUAUAUAAAGGUGCUCAUACGGACCACAGCUGCAUGCAUGUCGAGUGAAAAAUCGAUGAAGUAGAGAAAACGUGAAGCUAGCCAUCGGUCAAUCAAAAAAAAAAAAACAAAAAAAAAAACAACAGCAAAAAAAAAAAAAACUCCAUGAGCAGAUGUGGGUUUGUGUAACUGUUAAUUUCACAACUGCUCAGUUGAAACCUUAACAUCAUGACAAAUUUGCACCAGCAGUGCAGUAAUCAGCAGCCCAUCUGAGAGUAAAAAAACAUAUAAAUAUAUAUUAUCCAGAAUCAUUCUCAUGUUUAAAAGCUUUGUGAAGGAUUCCUGCACCAAAGUAAAUGCUGAGAAAUGAAAUGCCUAUUUACAGUUACGCAACCUUGGUGUGGAUAAACUCCAAAAAAUCCAUAGACAAUCUAAUCGAAUUAAAAUGAAACCUUUUUAUGCUCAUGUUUAAAAAAUGUUUUUGUCUUCUUUUUUUUUCUUUCUUUUUUUUUUAUUAACUCGUGUCACAGAGUUUAAGAAAAAUGAUAGCUAUAUAUUGCAGAUUGUUAAGUGGAAAGAUAUAUAAGCCUACGCUUUUAAAACAAAGGAGAAUGUGUCGAAUGUUGGUUGUAUCUAUCUUCGUUUCUUUUAAUAAAAAGCAAACAACUCAAAUCGAACGA